AUGAGGAAUUUCGUCGCUCUUAUAUUAGCACUGUUUUUUGCACUUGCUUCGCUAGUGCUAGCUUGCAUUGCAUGUGCUGGAUCAACUAAGAACUAUUACCCGAUAAAUCAAAUAUUUUGUGCACAAUUGGACCUUUCAAACCUUGAUAUAGCUACAGUGAUACCCGCAGCUAGUUCAUUCAGUAUAUCAGACCUGGGUUUGCCUAAAUUCAUAAACAUAGGUCUGUGGUCAUACUGUGUGGCUAGUUCUUCAACCGAUGUUACUAGCUGCACAUCUCCAAACGGUAUACAAACUUUCAACCUAAAGAACCUACUGAAAGAUAAUAUUGAGAACAAUCAAGUCUUACAAUUAGUCGAUGAUGUUGCCAAGAUCGUUCUACCACAGCAAUUACAGGACAAACUUGUCUAUUACAAUAACCUGGUAAAGUGUAUGUUCAUCACAUUGAUCAUUGGUAUAGUAUUGACAUUCCUGAACUUAGUUAUUAACGUAUUGCGGUGGUUUCUACAUUUCAGUUUCGUUAACUUCGUCGGUGGAUUUGUUUGUUUCCUAUCAUUUGCAAGUUUGCUGAUCAGUGUUGGCACUAAUAUGGGUACCUACAUCUACAUUCGCCAUAUCCUAAACAAAAACUAUAGCGACUAUGGUAUUCAUUUAAGCCUGGGAAGGAAAUUUUUAGCACUGUUAUGGGCCGCAGUGGUAGCAGCACUUCUUAACCUCUUCUGUUGGAUGACUGUGAGGCAAAGAAAAAAGGUUGUGUAUGUUCACCAACCAUACAACGAUAAAUAUUAA